AUGGACUACAACUUCAGGGCCAUACGAAUUGUAGUCAGUUCGCUAUAUCCUCAAUGCGGUUGGAUGUACUCCCUAUGGAAGGAAGUCAGCGAGCAGAUAAAAAAAAAAGCGGAGGAUUUAAAUAACAGCCUUCAAGAAUUUAACUCUAGCGGCAACCAUCCUUUAGGGGGGUCCUCCAAUGAAGGUAACACGAGAACGCAGGAAGGAGGGACCACACAGGGACCCCCAGACACGAGCCUAAAGAAUUGCAUACAGGAAAAAUUUCACAUAAUAAACGAUAAGUACAUCAAUGGCAAGGACUUCCCGGAGCUCCACUAUUACAAUGAAAAAAUUCUCAGUGGGUUUAACAGCUUUAAGCGGAUUGUGGGGGACAUCUACAAGGACAAGCUGAGCAACCCGAGUGAUGGCCUCCUUCGCAGUGAUGGCCUUCUUCGCAGUGGUGGCCUCCCUCACAGUGAUGGCCCCCCGCACAGUGGUGGCGGCGUUGGCCGCUCGGAGGGGCAAAAGUUCUACCUGUCCAAAAUCGUACCCUGGAAAAAGGGAGACAUUAUGAUAUCUAAAAUUUACAGAAAAAAAUACGACGAGGGAUUCCCAAUCAAUUUGCCUGACCCAAAUUUAAACUCCUAUGUGUACCAAAAAAUUUUAAAAUUAAAUUUAGAUCGAAAUAAAAUUUUACAUACAAAUAUUUUGCAGAAUUACAACUUCAGUUGGAACAAGAAAAAGGAACAGAGUGAGAAAAUAAUUUUGGAGGACCCCAACUUGGAACGAACGAAAAAAUUUCUCGUGCCGUUUUACAUGUCUGAGUUGGAUUUCUGGAGGUCCUACUUUUUCAACAUUGAUAUUAUAUACAACGAAAUUGCUGACGAUAUCUACGAGAGUAAGAAGAAUUUCCCCGACGGUGAUGAGCCACUACACUUUGUGCCCCUUUCAUGUGGUCUCAGCUCCGCGGAGCGGCAGGCCCCCACGGGGAUGACACCCACUGCGGUGACUGCGGAGACUGCGGCGACUGGGGCGACUGCGAUGACUGCGAUGACUGCGAUGACUGCGACGACAUCCACCGCGAUAACCCCCCCUGAUGCUGCCAACCUGUGGACCCCUCCCACGAAUGGGAAAGAAACCACCGUGGAAGGAACAACAGGAGAGACACACUUAACGAACAAAUUGAGCUUUCCAAAGUUGGAGCUCCCUGGGGAGGAGGAGAAAGCACCCACGGAAUGGGAACAACAUAUAGAAAACUCCAAAAAGGGAUACGGAAAAAAUGAGUCGAAGGGAGAAGAAAUCUCAGCGGAAGUAUAUGAUACCUCGAAUUUAGCUAAUUUCCAAAGUUUGAAUCACUCAGAUUGGCUAGCUCCUUUAGAAGAGAGGACAAAGAAAAGUGGCGCGCCCCUUCCAAGAGGUACCGAUGGGGAAACACCCGAUUGUAACUCUGCAUCCCAAAUGAGUUGCAAAAUUGAUUCGAUCACACCGAAGGAGGAUUUAUUUUUAAUGACAAAAACGAAAAUUAACGGACUCAAUGUUUACAUGGAUAAUGAUAUUUUCGUGAACCUUCGAGACAAAUCAGAAACGUUUGGUUCUCUAUUGGAGGACACGAAGGAAUACACAGAAAGGGCUAAAAGGGAGGAGUGUCUAGGAGGUUACUCUAAUCUAGAAUUAGUUGACCACUCGUUAGAGGUGCCAUUUGAGAGAGGUUCUAACCAAAGGGAGGACGAAAAAGUGGAAGGAAGUGCCGUCUCGCAUAGGAGAACUGGGGAUACUAUCGAUGUGGAUGUUGAAGCUGAGGAGGACAAGCCUGUCGAAGGGGAUCAACCGAUUAAUGAUCAGCUUGACUCUUUAACCAUUUCGAAGUGCAAUAUAAAAUUUUUGGAUCUUAUUGAAGAGCAAAAUGAAAAGGCCUUUAGCCCCGGGAAGCAAAACGGCGGAGAAGCCGGUUCUGCGUCUUGCGAUAGGGUGGAGCGUGUGGCAGCUGAGGAGGGGACCCCCCCGAGUGACAAAUGGAAUGGCCUAGGAGAUGCCACUGUGGUUAGUGUGCAUGAUGGGGUGAGUGAACAGUUGGGCAAAGAGAAAGGGGAGGGCAAAGAGGAGGGCAAAGAGGAGGAGGAAGAGCACGACAAAGAGGAGGAUGAACAGGACGACGGACAGGAGAACGAACCGGUCGACGAACAGGACGACGGACAGUACGACAAACAGGACGACGAACAGGACGAGGGAGGGAAGAAGGAGAAGGACGAAGCCUCCAUCCAUGCCAACCUGAACGAAGCGGAAACGAAGGAAGAACUGGACGAUUGUGCGCUCCCCGAGCAGGAGGUUGCACCGACCGAUGAUCCGAAUGUUGCGCAGGAUGUACCUCUCGUGGCGCAGGAAGUACCUCUCGUGGCGCAGGAAGUACCUCUCGUUUCGCAGGAACUACCUCAUGUUGAGAAGGAACUACCUCAUACCCACCAUGCGGGUGGAUCAAAGGACUGCAAAGGACUACUUAGUGAGGAAGGGGGAGAACAAACUAGCCCAUAUGGUAACCUAAAAUGUGAUCCCAUGUGUGUAGAGCUAAAUAAGUGCAACACAUUGGUUGAAGAAAACAGAAAAGUGAAUGAAGGUGUAGAGCUUAUGAUAAACAUUACAAAAAAUUCAAACGCAGUUGAGGACAGCUUGGCUGGUGAAGAAAAGGUUAAUGCCGCUUGUCAUGGGGGGGAGGAAGCUCUACAUAGUGACGGCGUAGAGGUGAAGAUGUCCAGGCCAGUGAACAGCUCCAAGGAGGGGACUUCUGAUCAGAUCAGCGGGUUGAUCGAGGGGACUUCUGAUCAGAUCAACGGGUUGAUCGAGGGGACUUCUGAGCAGAUCAACGGGUGGACCAGCGAGUGGACCAGUGAGUGGACCAACGAGUGGGCGAACACGUCGAUGCCCCCCACCCCAAAUCAUGCUACUGCAAAGCAGAAUGACCAAGUUGAUAAGCAAAACGACAUCAACGUUGAGGUAAAAGCAGAAGGUGAAUCACCCAGGAGCGCAGAGGGAGACACGAAAAAGUCACGAAAAGAAUGCGACUUAAACCUUGAUGAGUUAAAUUUUUCGGAUGUACUUGAAUUUGACAUAGAUUCAAACAAGUUCAACGCGGAAGAGUUGGAGCAGUUUGAAAAGGACCUCCUGAAUGCGUAG